AUGAGUACAUGCAUGAGAAAUUUUAUGAGAUUUAGUGAACGUAUCUUGGUAACAGUACAGCCAACAAUUGCUGAAUUCCUUCAGAAAACUUCUUAUCGAUGUUUAAAUGAUUUUGCUGCUAUAUAUUGGGCUGCCAUUAGAAGUAAAGGUACUAUGAAUGGAAAAUGGAGAAAACGAAAACAAGAUCCUUAUAAUGGUUGGUAUGAUUGUCGAUAUGAAUCAAGAUAUAUAUCGAUUGAUUGUAUCAGAGGAACUUUUUUAGUUGAUAAUAUGGCCAUAGGUUUUUUACCUGAAAACAUAACAACGAAUGAAUUAUUUGUACGCGUAUUUGGUAAUCAUAUUUUUGAAGUUCAAUUGGCUGAAUCACCUAAAACUUAUAUUACUAAACAUUCGUAUCAUGGUAAUGGAAGAGUUCAAUAUGAAUUUUGUUUUAAUGAUCAAACCAAAUAUUUGAAAGUUAUUGAACGACAUAUACAGACUGAUAAAACGUUUCAAUUAAUUGCUCAUACUUGUUUUCAAAAAGAACUACCUGAUAUGUUUGUGUCCAAUCAUAGCCAUUGGUUGAACAUAGAAACUCAGAUAGUCGAAUUUCGACCUAUUCAUUUUAAAGAACCUGACUUUUUAGAUAACAGACCAUAUAUUUUAUCAUUGAAAAGUGGAUAUGUUAUUACUACUGUAGAAAAUAAUACACAAAUUUUAAUUAAUCAAUCAUCAACAUUCUUUCAAAAAUUAUUUAAUCGAUAUUUUAAUCGUCUCGAUGAUAAACCCUAUGUUUACAUGAUGCGCAGCAAUAUCUCCUCUCAUACUGAUAUGAUUAUUUACAUACAUUUAUCUCGUUUAGGCAUUGCUUUUGAAUACAAUACUUCAACCCAUAUUAUAAAAUCUCGUGAAUAUUCAGAUAUGUGUAUUGAUAAAGAUCAAUGGUUAGGAACUUUAACAGAUCUAACGUUUGGUCUUCUCUUAUCACCAUUACCAACAAAUAAUUACAGAUUGAAUCAUUAUCCAUAUCGAAAAUUGAUUGUACCUUUUGGCACGCUUCAAAGUAAAAUAUUAAAUUACAACACGAAUCAUCAAACUAUUACAAUAGACCGAUCGUCUUCAAUACCGUUUCCUCAUCAAUAUUUUGUUUUUAUUCUCAAUGAUCGAUUAAAAAUACUUCAAUCAACAGAUAGUCCUACUGGAUGGCUUUAUUUAGCAUUGUUACAUGCAAUAACUUCUCAUCCUUUACCCGAUCAUUAUACUGGAAUGACUGGAAUGGAACGAGCCUUUCAAUUAUUGAAUUCAGCUGGUUGUUGGUCAGAUCAGCCUUUUGAUGAAGUUUCGUUAAAUAUUCUUUGUCAAAUUGCAUCUAUUUCCCCAAAAGUUGAUUAUUAUCCACAAAAAACAACUGUUAUGGAACAAAUAGAUUGGAAUUCAAAUGGUAUACCCUACUCGAUGCAACAUUUCGGUUAUUAUUUGAUAACAAAAAAACUAAUCGACAGUAGCCAAAUAUUCAAUUUUAUGUAUCCAUCGAUGAUAUCACAUAAAAUGCCAGAACUAUUUCAAGGAAAAAUAUACAAUGAAACAUUGUUGAAGAAACUAUAUUGGAAUUAUCGCGAUUCAUAUAAUCCGAUAGCAAGAUUAUCUGUAGAGAUGGAGACUGACAUCUUGAGUAACCAUUCAGUAACACUGUAUCGUCCAGCUUCGGAACAUUGUUCACAUAUUACUAACUACUGUGCUGUCCGUCUUGUAGAUGACCUAUAUAAUAAUGGAGAUGUAUAUCUUAAGGACUGUUCGAACCAGCAUUGGUUACCCUUGUCUCAAUGGUUGACUGAUGAAAAUAAUUUGAAAAAUAUUUGGAUUGGCUUAUUAAAAUUAGCUGACCAUAUUAAAACAGUAGCGGCUGGUAACAAUACAGAUGAUAUUAAACGAUUUGAAGGCUUGUUAGACUUCCUUCAUUAUAUUUCCAAUAAACGUAAGAUCAAUCCAUUUUAUUUGCAAAUAUUAAAGACAACUUUGAAACUUUCGACCAUAUCACUAAGCUCCGUUGAAUUUCCUCCUUUUAUUCGUUAUCAUAAUGUCGAACGAAUUCGGGUUGUAAAUGAGAAUAUCCAUUUUUCAAGUAAUCUUACUUCAUACCAAGAAAACAAAAUUUUAUCAAGAAUUCGAGACUGUUUUGAAUGUGGUCAUAGGUUUGAAGAUUACGACGACCUACUAACUUAUAAUGAAAUAAGUGAAAUCAAUGGAUCAUUACAAGCAUGGCAAUCUAACAAAAAACUUCGAUCUUUUUUAGAAGCCGUUCAACGUCUCAUUUGUUCUGUUCCAAUAGAACAGUUUAAUAUCAAAGCACCAUAUUAUUCUCAAAGAUUUGCACGUGAACGACCCAAAGAUCACUAUCAAAUACAAAUUAAAUUUAUCGAGAAAUCAAUUGAUCAAAUAAUUUUACGAAAUGCUGAACAAAAAUUUCAUAAUUUCAAUGCAGAUAAUAUUAAUCAAGCAACUAAAUGUGUUCAAAGAACUAAUCGACAAAAUAUAUUCCCACAAGAAAUUUUUUCUCCUAUGUCCAAGCAAAAUAAUGAUCUAAACGAAAUUACUAAUUAUUUUAAAAAUCAAUUAUCUCAAAGUUGGAACGAACUUCUUUUGGACAGUCAAUAUGAACAAGGAUAUUUUUCAAUUAAAAAAAUCAAUGAACUUUUUGAUUCUUUUCGAGAAGAAUCUACAAAAUUCUGGAAUGAAUUAUUCCGUUCUAUGACAUUAUCCAAUGAACAAUUAUUUGAAACAGGUCUCAUUUUAAGAAUCACUCCAACAACUCUUAUACCUUUACUUCAAGAAAAAAAUUCAUCUCUUGAAAAAUCUUUAUCAUUCAUAUUGACUAUGGAACAAUACACACUACUUGGUGGUAUUAUUGUCAAUUGGACAUUAGCACAACAAAUGGAAAGAACUUUGUAUUUUGCAUUUCAUAAAAAAUGGGAAGAUUUUAAAAAAGAAAUAUCACAUAUACCACAUUCAAAUUGGAAACCAUCUGAAUAUAUUCCUUGGCUUAUUUUAGAAUUAGAAAUGAAUAUAACUAUACGUGAAAUGCAAAUCAAUGUAGCACAACAUAUGAUACAGCCAAAUAUAAAAACAGAUGAUUCAACAGUACGAAAUAUAGUAAUGCAAAUGAAUAUGGGCGAAGGAAAAACAUCAGUCAUUUUACCAAUGUUAGCUGUUAAUUUAUCUUCAUCUAAUUCGAGUUUAGUUCGUAUUAUAGUACUUAAAUCAUUAUUUCCAACAAAUUAUCAAUCAUUACGAUAUAAAUUAGGUGGCUUAUUGAAUCGACGUGUUUUUCCAUUUGCAUGUCGUCGUGAUAUGAAUUUUAACAAUGUACAAAUAAAUCAAAUUUUUAAACGUUUUCAACAAGGAUUACGAGAUUGUGAUAUUAUAUUAAGUUCACCAGAAGAUAUUCCUUCAUUUGAUUUACUCACUAUUGAUAAAUGUCGAAGAAAUGAAUUUGAUGUUAGUCGUUCGAUGUUAACAAUUCAACGAUGGUUGAAAAAAUAUGUUCGUGAUGUAUUAGAUGAAUCAGAUGAAAUUUUACAUGUGAAAUAUCAAUUGAUUUAUACUGUUGGUAGUCAACAACAAGUUGAUGGAGGUGCAGAACGUUGGAAAACUAUUCAAACAAUUCUUGAAUUAGUUAAAAAACAUUCUGCUGAUAUUUCAAAAGAUUUCAGCGAAAAAGUAUAUUAUAAAUUAUCUGAACGAAAAAGUGCAUUUCCACAAUUUCGUUUACAAUCAUCUGAACCAUUUCUAUUACUUUGUCAAAAAAUUGCAAAUGAUUGGUUCGAUAGUAGAAAUUAUCGUUAUACAGAUAAAUCAAUUAUAUUAUCAUUUAUUUUAGAAACAUAUUCAUCAGUUGAAAAUCUCAUUGAUAAAUUUCCACGUCUUGAUAUACAAUUAUUUCUUAUUAUUCGUGGUUUAUUAUCAUCUGAAGUUUUAUUAGUUGCUUUUAAAAAACGAUAUCGAGUUAAUUAUGGUGUCAAUCCAAGUUCUUCUUUUAAUCGUUUAAUGGCUGUACCAUUUCGUGCAAAAGAUGUUGUAGCUGAUAGAACUGAAUUUGGCCAUCCUGAUGUUGCGUUAGUAUUAACACAACUCUCAUAUUAUUAUUCAGGUUUAAAUAAUUCACAAUUAUCACAAUGUUUCAAUCGUUUAAAUAAUGAAGAAACUGAUCCUACAUCGAUUUAUGAUCAAUGGAUUUUAUAUGAAGAUGAAAAAGAUAUACCAAAUAGUAUUAAACAAUGGAAUAGAGUUAAUUUAAAAGAUUAUCAACAACAAAUUGAUUAUCUAUUUCCUACAUUUCGAUAUAAUAUGUUAGUUAUUAAUUAUUUUCUUAAUUAUUUUGUAUUUCCUCGAGAAGCAAAACAAUUUCCAUAUAAAUUAACUGCUUCUGGAUGGGAUUUAUCUACAUCGUUACGAUCACAAUUAAUUACUGGAUUUAGUGGAACUAAUGAUACACAAUUAUUACUUCCUAUUCAUAUUCGACAAUAUGAUUUACCAGAACUUCAAAAAACAGAUGCCAUUGUUGUUAAUAAUUUAUUACAAAUUGAAAAUGAAAAUUAUCAAUUUUUAUCACUUAAUGUAACAUCAGAAAAUAUUUUAAAACAAAUUAUAGAAUACAAAGAAAUCAUAAAUGUUAUUUUAGAUGUUGGAGCAUUGUUUAUUGAUGGAAAUAAUCAAGAUAUUGCUAUUAAAUGGUUGAAUUUAUCCGAUAGAAAUAUAAUCGAUUAUGUUAUUUAUUUUGAUUCAGAUUCAAUUAUUGUUUGUGAUCGUCAGUUUCAUCGUCAUCCAUUUGUAACAUCUCCAGCAAGUGAACGAUUAGAUCGUUGUAUUUUUUAUUUAGAUGAAAUUCAUACUCGAGGAACUGAUUUUAAAUUUCCUCAAGGUUUUAAAGCUGCUAUUACAUUAGGGAAUGGUUUAACAAAAGAUCGUUUUGUUCAAGCAUGUAUGAGAAUGAGAAAAUUAGGUCAUGGUCAUUCAUUAACAUUUUGGAGUUCAUAUGAAGUUCAUCAACAAAUUAAAGAUCAAAAAGAUAAUACAAAUGACUCGAUUAAACUGAUUAAUAUUCUUCGUUGGGUCUAUGAAAAUACUCAACAAUCAACUUGGGAUGGUUUACAUCAUUGGGCUACACAAAGUUUAAAUUUUCAAAGAAAUAUUUCUGCAUUUCAACAUAUUGAUUGGUAUAAUGAUCAACAAAUAUUUACUGACGUAUUGAUGAAAGAUUUAGCUGAAGAAUGUUCAGAAUCUGAAAUCAUUGAACUUAUAAAUAUGUAUGGAGUUUCGAAAAAACUGCAAACAUUAUUCGAAAUUCAUCAUAAUCGAUAUGAACAAGCUCAGCAUGGUGUAUGGAAAGAAAUUAGAGAUGCAGUAUUAAAACGAUUACAAGAUUAUUGUGGAACAAAACAACGUUUAUCACAAUUAUUAGAUGAAGAACAACAAAGAGAAUUAGAACAAGAAUUAGAAGAAGAACGUCAGCUAGAACGUCCACCACCUGUCACUCCAUAUGAACCUGUACUCCAUGAGGAAAUUAAACGCUUGUGUAAUACAAAUGGUGCUGUGAUGAAUCUAGCACAAUAUUCUCAUGUAUUUCGUCAUUUACCAUAUGCUUUCAUUGACACAACAUUUGUUAACGAUUGUCAAGCUAACAAUUGGCAAGAAAAUUUUUGGAUUUCAACUGAAUUUCAACGUGUAAUUGAAGCUAAAGGAGAAUCAUUAAAUCCAUUUUUACGUCCUCUACGAUGGAUUAUUUUCUACCGUAAUCAACAAUUAAUUUUUCUUAGUGCUUUGGAAGCCAAUUGGUUGAUGGGUCGUUUAAACUCUCCUUAUUAUAAACAAAAAUCCAAUCGACGAUCGACCACAACAUUACGAUUAUUAUUACCUCGAAUUAAACGAGUUCAAUCAAUUUUUAUCAAUGUGCCAACUCUUACCAUUCCUCCAAUGAUUGGACAUCCCAAUGGUGUUGCUCCUUUCUUUAUACCGCUCGAAUGGUUGGUUCAAUUAUUUAUUUUUAAUGGUACACUUUAUUUUGAAACAGUUGAUGAACAAACAGCUUAUUGUCAAUGUUUAAGUUUAUGUCCAAAACCUCGAACGGCAGAAGAAGAAGAAGCAUUUAAAAAUGGUUGGAUUGCCGUCGAUGGCUUUGUUAGUAAUCCUCAACAUCGUCAAUAUUUGAGAAUGCAUCAAGUUCGAUUCACUUGUAAUCUAUUAACAUUUGUCAAACAGAUCAUUGAAAAUCGAAAUAAUUCACAUGCACCUAUAUCAUCACAUGUUGGUGGUAUUAUUCUAAAUUCACUAAAACUUAUUUAA